GAUGAAGAGGUGAAGGAGGAUGAAGCAGAGGGUGAAGCAGAGGUUUCAACAGAGGUGAAGGAGGAUGGAGAAGAGGGCGAAGCAGGGGUGUCAACAGAGGUGAAGGAGGAUGUUGAGAACCAGACUCUAAAUGGUAAUGAAGCGUCAAGUGUACGUGGAGUGGUGCAUGGGUCAUGAACUCUAGGUAAUUUUUUGAAAGAAGCAAAAGAUGCAGUAGAGAAGGAAUGGGGGAAAAGUAAUGGAAACAACAUCUGUGACAUCUAUUUCUGCAGCUAAUGAAUCUACCGACACGUCAGGUGUACGUGAAGCAGUGCAUGGUUCAAGGACUCUAGGUGAUUUUAUGAAAUAAGCAAGAGAUGUAUAAGAGAAAGAAUGGGGUUAAGUAAUCGAAACAACAUCAGCGACAUCUACUUCUGUAGCCAAUGAGUUCACAGAAAUUACAGAGUUUCCAGAAAAACAAGGAUAGAAGGAAUGGGGAAACAAUACAGGCUACGUCGAGGACGACGAAGAAGAAGAAGUUGAAGUACAACUUAAGCGUCGUCCGAAACGAUUAUAUCUUGAGAAAGAAAGAAAAAAUUUAUCGAAAGAAGAACAAAGGCAGAAGAAAGGGACAGAGUCCUCGAAGGAAUCAAACAGCGAAAUCAGUAACAAGGAAAAACCAAUAUUGGUCAAUCAUCCACUUUCUAUCAACCUGGACUUGAUAUACCGUUAGAUUCCUCAAGCCCCCUGGCUAUCAGAAUUAAAAAAACAAAUAGAGUGGCAGAUCGUGGUAUAUAAACCUCAACCCCAACCUAUUCUUUCCAUGGCAAAUGAAGAGGUGAAGGAGGAUGGAGAAGAGGGCGAAGCAAUUGUGUCAACAGAGGUGAAGGAGGAGGGAGAAGAGGGCGAAGCAGGGGUGUCAACAAAGGUGAAGGAGGAUGUUGUUAACCGGACUCUAAAUGGUAAUGAAGCGUCAGGUGUACGUGGAGCGGUGUAUUGUUCAAGGACUCUAGGUGAUUUUCUGAAAGAAGUAAAAGAUGCAGAAGAGAAUGAAUGAGAGAAAGUAAUGGAAAAAACAUUAGCUACAUCUAUUUCUGCAGCCAAUGAGUUCACAAAAAUAACAGAGUUUCCAAAAGAAAAAAGAUAGAAGGAAUGGGGAAACAAUAAAACCUACGUCGUGGAUGACGAAGAAGAAGAAUAAGUUGAAGUACAACUUAAGCGUCGUCCGAAACGAUUACAUCUAGAGAAAGAAAGAACAGACUUAUCGGAAGAAGAACAAAGGCAGAAGGAAGGGGGAGAGUCCUCAAAGGAAUCAAACAGCGAAUCAGUAACGAGUGAAAACUAAUAUUAGUCAGUCAACAACUUUCUAUCAACCUGGACUUGAUAUACCGUUAGAUUCCUCAAGCCCCCUGGCUAUCAGAAUUAAGAAAACAAAGAGAGUGGC